UUAUCCGCUUUUAAAAUUCGGUCAGUUAUUUUAUCCUUUUGCACACGGCUCGUUUGGACAUGCGCAUUGAAUAGGAAGUGAAACAAAAUAAACACAAGAAAGUUUGGAUACACUAUUAUUUGCGUCAAUUUUUUUGGUUAAAUAAAGGGAGAAAUAUGUCUGCACCUCCACCUUAUCCAGGACCUGAUAGCAAGGGACCACCACCACCAAAUGCAGCUUACCCACAGCAGCAACCUGCAGGUUACGGAGCACAGUAUGGUCAACCAGCUCCUUAUCCAGCCCAGUACCAGCCAGGGUAUCCACAGGGAGGCUACCCCCCAGGACCACCUCCACAAGGAGGGUAUCAGAUGGGGCCAGGCCCAUACCCAGCAGGUAAUCCUGGAGGACCGUACCCAAAUCAAGGACAACCACAGACUAUAAUUGUUACACAGCCGACAAUGAUGGUGACCCAAUUACGAGAGACCCCUACACGAAUUCAAUGCCCACACUGCCAGGCUGAGGUGGUGACAGCAACAAAUUUUGAAACUGGGACGUUUGCAUGGCUUAUUUGCAUGUUAUUAUGUAUAUUUGGGUGUGAUGCAGGCUGUUGUCUCAUUCCAUUCUGUUGCGAUUCAUGCCAGGAUGUGGUUCACACUUGCCCAAACUGCAAACAAGUCAUUUCAAGAUAUAACAGAAUGUAGUCUGGGAGAGGGAGAAAAAAAACGAUAAUUGCAAAGCAAAUGUUGUCUGUUGAUGAAUAACAUUGUUUAUGUUUGAAAAUGUUGUUAAUAAUUGAAAAGCUUGACAAUUAAUCAUUUUUACUGUAACACUUUUAUAUAUAAUCUUAUUUUCCCCUAAAAUUUUUCAGUGUUUGUCAUUUAAUUUCUACUGUCAUACUCAUCAUUUCUGAUUGACCAAUAUCUUAGAUAUUUGUUGUGCUAUUAACUUUCAUAGACCUCCUUUAGUAACUUUUGUAGACCUCCAGCCAAGAAUUUCAGAAAGAUUAGGUCAAGGUCACUGAUGCUAAAAUUAGAUCACAUUUUAUGAAUCAAAUCAUUAUCUCAUAUCUUUUCAUACUGUAGUAAAAACAACAGCAACUUUUAAAUGGACCAUCUUUAAGGGGAUUCCUUACAUUAUUCAUUUACAAAAUAUAUCUUUGUAAUCCGAUGACUGGAUAAGAAAUCCCUUGAUUGUAUUUCUUAUUAUUUGUAAUGAAGUAUGUAGUAAAAUUGUGUGAUAAUGUAUAAAUGUAAAUAUUUGUAGUAAAAACAUAGAGUUUGAUUCUCUGUUUAAAUGCUGCCUUCAUUGUCUAGUAGUUAACAUCCUUGAUCUUAGAUCUUUUACUUUCGCUUCUAUGAGAUCUGUGGUUAAAAAUGUACAAAAUAUGUUCAUUAGGAGAAAGCUAUGCAGUUAACUAGAGGGCUGAGUUCAUUUAUACAGGAACUAUAUGUGGUAAAACACAAUAAAAAUGGACUGUCAGGGGAGGUUACUAGAAAUUUAAUCCUCUACACAUAGUAAAGUACAGUUGAGUUCACACUAAACUUCCCACCCUUGUGCACUUCUAGUGCACUAGAGCUGAACUAGAAGUGCACUAGAAGUGCACUUCUAGUGCACUAGACCAUAUGACCAGGCUGGCCAGGGAAGGUGACACCUAAAUGGUUUAUUGGAUAAUUGUAUAUCAAGUGUGUGGGGGGGGGGGGGCAUCCAUUGUUACGCUGCUGUAUGAAAAAAAAAAUGGGAAAAUAUAUAUAUGGCCUAUUCAUGAAUAUAAAUAAGUAAAUUUUAAAAUCAGCAGUUUUAACAUUUUAGGUGAUUAUCAUGUUGAAGCUUAAAAUUAAAAUGUUUUUUUUUUCAUUUAUUGUAAUCAUAUUUUUAUUAACCAGUAUUUAACUGUAAGUGAAAAAUAAUACCCCUUAAAAUCAAAUUUAUAAAAUUAAUAAGGUUAAAUUUAAAUUAUGCUCCGUAAUGGAUAAUGAAAUAAGUGUUUUUAAAGCUUUUUUAAAUGGCCAUAUAUUUCAAUUUUUCUAGUGUACAAAUGAUAUAAAUCAAUGUGAUAAUUCUGGCCCAAUUAAUUUAGUUUGUUACAUCAUAAACUUUUUUUCAUAAGCUCAAACAAAUCAAGGAAAGGUUAUAUUUAAGCUAAAAUAUUAUUUCUAUAAUAUAUAACUUAGAGACAAUUCAUCAUGUUCAAUAUUGAAAGAGAAUAUUAAUACAUUGAUUUUAAAACAAUUAAUAUACUGUGAUCAUUUAGUAUUCAACUGUGUAAUGCUUGCAUAUGUUUAUGCAAAUAAUUUAAAUAUUAUCCAUAAAAUAAAUAAAUUUGAUAUCUUUAUUCAUUAUUUCAAUAUUAAAAAUUUAAUGUAUAAAGGGAAUACUUUUAUUGAAGAGGAAAAUCUCAAGUCAUGCUGUGUAUCGGUAUUUUCUGAGAGGGACAGUUUUCAAUAUACCACUCUCCUGCUGAUAAGAGGGCCCCAGGGUAAAUAACAAAGAACAGUCAAUUUUGCAGAUUUAUAAGAAUGCAUUGAAAUUCCCUUGUUUUCGCAAAAUGCAUGUUAGACAUAAGCCUGGGAUUCAUCAGGCGUUGGCACUCAGUAAAUGACCAUAAUUUUUGUAUAAUCAAAUAUACAUAAAAACAACAUAAAGGCAUAAAUGCAUAAUAGAUAUUAUCAGAGACAUAGAUAGAUGUUAUCUAUGUCUCUGAUAUUAUUGUUCUUAAAGCGGAAUUUUCUAUAUGUAUCCAUUUAUCCACAUUUCUUGCCAUUCUGCAUAAUAAUAUCACAGAUUUAUAUUACUAUAUACUAUUAAUAUAAAUCUGUGAUAAUAUAUAACUUAAGAGGCAAUUCCUCAUGUUCAAGAUUGAAAGAGAAUAUUAAUUCAUUGAUUUUAAAACAUUUUAUACACUGUGAUAUUAUGUUUUUCAACCAUAAAAUGCUUGCAUACUUUUUAAAGAUAUACAUAAUUAAAAAUUUUCCAUAAAAUAAAUAAACUUGAUAACUUUAUUCAAGAUUUCUACAUUAAAAAUGUAAUGUAUAAAGGGAAUGUUUUUAUACAAGAGGAAAGAUUCAAGUCAUGCUGUGUAUUGGCGACUGUUUUCAUUACACUGGUCUCCUGCUGAUAAGAGGGCCUCAGGGUAAAUAACAAAAAUGCAAAUGUAUGCAAUAUUUAUUGAAAAUUUCCCUUUUCCCCCCAAAAUACAUGUAAGUCAUCGAUAAAUGACUAUACUUUUUGUAUAAUCAAAUGUAAAAAAUAAUCUUAAUGUCAUAAAUGCACGUUAGAUAUUAUUGUCAUUUAUUGUCUUUGGAGUGGAAUUUUCUAAUCUUAUUAUAAAAAACUAUUCUACAAAGACUUUGUAUCAAUAUUUUUUCACAUUUCUUGCAAUUCUGCAUUAAAAUUUGCAGCAUCUUAAUUCUUUUAGUUUUUGAACUGGGAAAUGUUAUUUUUUUCUAUUAUAGAUUUGACAAAUUUGCCUUGUCAGUUUUUACGCAUUUAGAAGAUAAUAUAUUUUAAAGAAAAUAUUAUUUAAAUACAUGAUUAUAAAACUUUUGCAACUUCCUUUUCACUUUAAUGCAGAUCUGUUUUUUUUGUUGUUUUUUUUUUCUGUUUUUUUUUUAUUUUUUUUUAUUUUAAUUUAAUAUCAUACAUGAGCAGAAAACAGUUACAGGAGAUUAAAGUGUCAAAAGUCAUGCUGUGUAUAGGUGUUUUGAUAUAGUACCCUGCUGAUAAGAGAGCCCCUCAGGGUAAAUAACAUAAGCCAGAUUACUAAGGCGAUGUAAAUUCUGUAUUCUCUGGAUGUUGGUGCAAAUAAAUUUCAUUACAAAUAGUACAAAAAGAAAAAUGAAUAUUUUUGCAAUUUAUAAUAAACUCAUCAAAUUAAUCAUAUUGCAUAAUAAUGUUACAAUGCAUGAAAAAAAAAGGAAAAAAGAUUGGUGUCGCUUAAAAAAAUGGAAUUGACAGAUUUUCUAAUCUUUUUGUUAAUAUCCAUGUCAGUUUAAGUAUACUAGUAUCCCACAGGUACAUAUCAAUACUUAAUCCACACAUAUCAAUACAUACCACCAUUAUAUAUAAAUAUUUAUUUUCAGAAUAAUAUAUAUCAUUUAUAUAUAAUCUUAGGUAAAUCUCAGUUUGAGAAGGUAAGAGAGAUCAUAAAUGAAAUAAAAUUGACAAAAUUUAGGCCAAUUAUAAACAUAUUAAUUCUUUAAUGUAUUAAAGGCUAUUAAUGCCUUUAACUAAAACAAGUUAACAACCAUAAGUUAAGAUCAAAAAUAACUAAUACUACGGUAUAAUUCCCCCUCCCCCCAAAAAAGAACUGAUUUAAUUUUGUUUGAUUAGCAUUUCAAUGUUUCAUAUUUCAUUACCAGAUUAUAAUAAAAUAGAAUCAUAUUAAAUAUCAAUUAAGUUUGUUUAUUUAUGCACUUAUCAACAUUAAAGUUAUAAUUAUUUAUAUUUAAAUUACUUAUUCUAACAAUUAAAUUUUAAAGUACAAAAUCAGUAAAAUUAAUGACUUUGAAAUUUAUUGUUCUAAUAUUUUACGCCAUAUUUUACAAAUUCCAAUAUUCACAACUUCAAAUUUUUAUUGAAAAACUAUUAAACAGAUAUCUAUAUUUUCUAUCUUUUUGUAAAAGUCGAAUUGCUAUUAAGUGAAAUAAAAGGUAACUGCUUCAUACAUAUAAUAGGUCUGGUGCACUACAAAGUGCACUUUGUGUAACCUUUAGUGUGAACUCAACUGUAACAAUAAGACUUAAUGUCUGCUAUAUUAUAGUAAUUGGACAGCAUUGGUAGAGAAAUUAAACAAUGCAGCUGUCGGUUUAUGAAUCUAUUAACAAAUGAUACAACAGAGAGGUGAUGCCAGGAGGGUUUAGGUGUGGCUUAUCAGCUAAUGGCUAAUAUUAGCUGACCAUGCAAUGGCGAGUCAGUAUAUUAAAGAGACUUUGAAUGUUUUUGGUCAUAAUUACCCAACCAAAUUCAAUAAAUACCAGUAAUGUCAAAAAAGGUCAUGGCUAUUCAUUGUGUCUCUAUCAGAUAUGAGUUUGGAUGAUGUAAUACGACCUUGACAGCGUUUAUGACCUUGACAGUGUUUGAUGUUAAUAAGAAUUGGACCAAGUUUAAUAAAUAUAUCAAAACGAUCACUUUUGUAACUACUCCAUCGUGCAAUAAUACCAA